CCUCCAGCCGCCCGGCUGCUGAUCCGGCUCCGCGGGGGAAGGAACGAGAUGGUCAGCCCGAGCGCCGCAGCAAAAUGCUGGAUGGACACCGCCUGCUCCGCUGGCUCUUCUUCUCCUCCGCCUCCUGCGCGCUCCUAGUGCUGCUGCUCGCCGGCGCCCCGGGACCGUCCCUUGCCUACUUCGGGUUGACUGGGAAUGAACCCCUGACCAUCCUCCCUCUGACUUCAGAAAUGGAGGAAGCUGCCGUCAAAGCCCAUUACAAAGUCUGUGACCGCCUGAAGCUGGAGAAGAAGCAGCGGAGGAUGUGCCGGCGAGAUCCCGGUGUGGCCGAGACCCUCAUGGAGGCCAUCAGCAUGAGUGCCCUCGAGUGCCAGUACCAGUUCCGCUUUGAGCGGUGGAACUGCACCCUCGAGGGGCGCUAUCGGGCCAGCCUUCUGAAGAGAGGUUUCAAGGAGACGGCCUUCCUUUAUGCCAUCUCUUCGGCAGGACUCACGCAUGCCAUGGCCAAGGCCUGCAGCGCCGGGCGGAUGGAGCGAUGCACCUGUGACGAGGCCCCCGACCUGGAGAACCGGGAGGCCUGGCAGUGGGGCGGCUGCGGCGACAACCUCAAGUACAGCAACAAGUUUGUCAAGGAGUUCCUGGGGAAGAAGUCCAACAAGGACCUGCGAGCCAGGGUGGACUUCCACAACAACCUGGUUGGCAUGAAGGUCAUCAAAGCUGGCGUCGAGACCACCUGUAAGUGCCACGGCGUCUCCGGAUCCUGCACCGUCCGGACGUGCUGGCGCCAGCUCUCCCCGUUCCACGAGAUUGGCAAGCAGCUGAAGCAGAGGUACGAGACGGCCCUCAAAGUGGGCAGCACGACCAACGAGGCCACGGGCGAGGGGGACAUCUCCCCGCCCAAGAAGUCCGUCCCGGGCCAGGGCGACCAAAUCCCACGGACUACGGACCUCGUCUACAUCGACGACUCGCCCAGCUUCUGCCUGGUGAGCCGCUACUCGCCCGGCACGUCGGGCAGGAAGUGCUACAAGGACAAGAACUGCGAGAGCAUCUGCUGCGGGAGGGGGCACAACACCCAGAGCCGCGUGGUGACCAGGCCUUGCCAGUGCCAGGUCCGCUGGUGCUGCUACGUGGAGUGCAAACAGUGUACGCAGAGGGAGGAGGUCUACACGUGCAAGGACUGAUGUGAGACACGAGAGGGAAGUCUUGCACACCAACGGAUUGCCUUUGCGGAUGACGGGAGAGGGCCCAUCCAGGGAGGUGAAACAGGGUUUGAAAGGGUGUUUUUCACGGUUGACUUGAGAAGCGAUGCCGAGAUGAUGUAAGCACUUUGUAGGGUACGGGUGACCCCCCCCAACUCUUGCCUUCUUGUUUCCUCGACCUUCUGCCCCCUUCUGAUGCUUCUGGAGGUCCAAGUGCAUGGAGACAAGUGCCUAUUGCAUGGAGUCCGUAUCAAUUUUUUUUGGUGUGUUUUUCUGUUGCGAAAAAUGCAACAAGAUAAUUUGUGGUGACUGAGAUGGGAUCCCUAGCUGUUUUCCCUUGUCACUGCCCUUCACGAAACCUUGGCUAAAUAAGGCAUUCUCUUUUUUGGGCAGAGAAGCUUCUGGCCUGUAAUCUGGAUUGUCCUGUUUGUUCCGUGGCUGGCCUUGACUGCCUUGAGAUCCAACGGGGGAAAAAGCACCGCCCCAUUUUGUGAAGCAUUUGAUACCAAAAGUGUCUCCAGGGAAUGGGUGGUGAUGUUGGACUUCAGCAUCUCUUCAAGGAGGAGAGUCAAAGUUUUUUAAAAAGUUACAUACCGGGAUCUCCUAAAAUAGGAUGUUUCAAUGUGGCCUGCUUGAUGGAAGGUGGUUGUGGUUCCUCAACGUGGAAGGUUUGGUUUGACCAUCUCCGUUUUGAAGCAGACAUUGUGAGGUUUCUUUCCAAAUGUCAAGACGUCUCAUUGCAUUGCCCCACUUCAAUCCCCCUCUCACUUUCUUGUCACCUUCACGACCUACUUUUGUAAAUGAUGAAAACCACUAGAGGCCUUCUUAAACCUUCCCAGGGACACACACCAGCACUCUAUAUAACUCCUUGUUGUUAUUGUUUUUAUUUUUGUACCUCUUAUUGCUCCAAAACUCACCCUGUGGAGGCUGCCUUAAAUUCCAGUACGUAUUGAAAUCCUGACUUCUGGACAUGCAGCUUUGGCAAGUUGCCUUCCUGAUUUUAUGGAGAAACCCUGUUGCCUUAGAGGCUGCAAUGCUGCUUUGGCUUUUUAAGCCGUUCUUGACCGGAUCGCACAACCCAACUUACUCUACAUCUCUUCGGAUCUCAUUCCAGUUACACUCAACAGCGAUAGUGGUAUAUACCGGCACAGAUCUCUGCAAAGAUCUUUGUAACAUUUCCCUCCUUAAGCCGCUAGAUUGAGGCAUCAUGCAUUUUAGAAAUCAAGUACAACAGCAGUGCAAAUAUUGGGUUCUGAGUGACUGACUGGCAACCAUCAAGAGGGGAAGGGAAGCCAGAGAAGAACCAACAGCAGUGACCAAAAGCAAAGGAUGGUCUGGGCUACUUGAGAUUCUUCCAUUGCUUUUUAGAAUUGGAACGUUACAAAUCUGAUGACGGAUUUCCCUCCUUCAACAAUACUACUUGGAUCAGAAGCGGCUAGCUAACUUCUUGGCAAAGUGCCCACUGUAGGCAGUGAUAAUGGGCAUUAGGCAUUUCUGAUUCUCCAGUAGUAGCAUUUUUUUUAUAAAAAAAAAAACUUCUUCUUUUUUUUUAAACCUGUUGACCUGGUUUUCAGUGGGGAGCUGGAUAAGAAAAAAACCUUCUGCAUGGUUUCCGUUUGUGUGCCUGGGGCUGUCCGAUCUUCGAAGGAUGCCCUCUCUUUUUUUUUCCCUUUACUGCCGCUUCUCUAAAAUAAUAAUAAAAAAUAGUAGCCACUCGCCUCGUAUCUAAGCUAUAUUAUUGUGCAUCUACUGGGAGGGGAUGGAGUUGACUGGCUUUGUAUACUUGUCAGACUGGAAAACUGAUUGAGGGUGGUCAAAAGGCAAGGCCCUGCUUCCUUUUGCUGGUCCAGGAUUCUGCAAAGACGGUAGUUCUUGUCCAUCUUUUUGAAGGCCAGAUGAGACCAGUUGCAACAGAUGUUGAACCUCAAAGACACAUAUUCCCCUCCCUCUCUGCCCUGGUGGCUCUCCAUGCAACAGACUCCUCAAUCUGAACUGUCCUUGGGUGUCACAACAGAUGGACCAGCCCUGAAGUUCUGUGCAAAUUGGUUUUAAGAAAAGGCUGAAUAGAAACCUAUUAUUCAAUGUGGAUAUAUAUAAAUCUAUAUAUAUAUAUAUAUAUAUAUGCGCCUAAAUAUAAAUAUGGAACAUUUAUUUAUUAAGCCUUUCAGAAGUACCUUCUUAUGGUUUCAAUGUGGUAUUAUGUCCAGUCCUCUCUUGAGCAAGCGCGAUCUCUCUUCCACCCUUGUUUUGCACGCACACAUAACUUUGUCCAAAUCAUUACUUCUCCGACAAAAUUGGGCGUGACUACCAAAUAAGAUGCAUGCUGCAUGCCACGUUCUUCAGAUUUUCUUCUUGUGGGUGGGAUCUGGACCACUCAGCUCAGUCCUAGCUCACUGGAAGAACGGAUCACAAAUAGCUAAGGAGGAAAGUUUAGGGCCAGCCCACUUUUUUUUUUCAGUGAACUGACCUGAAUUUACACACACACACCCCCCCCCUGGGUUUGAUGUGCAACUUGGAACAUAAUUUUCCUUUGGAUUUUGCCCGUCUCCAAAUUGAAAAAAAAAAUGUAUUUCCAGAUGCAAAAAUGAGAUAGAACCAAACAGACAUAGGGAUUGAUUCUUAAGAAUUUGAUACGGGCAAGAAAUACUGACUUCCAUGCCUGAUCUCGCUAUGGUACCUUAACAACUAUCGCAGUUGAGCCCCAUUAUAAGCUGGGUGCAGGGCCAAAUUGAGCUAUUUUGCUGUCCCAGGUGAAACCUGUUUGAGUGUGUUGAGGGGGGGGGGAGGGACGUCCUUUAUGCUUUUGCCCCUGGUGAGUUGAAAUAAAAAAUUUAAAAAAUUGUCCAGUAGCACCUUAGAGGCCAACUGAGUUUCUUCUGGGUACAAGCUUUCGUGUGCAUGUACACCACUUCAGAUAUCUGAAGAAGUGUGCAUGCACACAAAAGCUUAUACUCAGAACAAACUUACCAUAGUUGGACUCUAAGCUGCUACUGGACGACUUUUUUCGUUUUUUUAUUUCGACUGCGUCAGACCCAACACGCCUACCUACCUAAAUCUAGACUCCUUGGGGAGUGUUUCCCAACUUGCAAUAAAUUAUUUGGCAAGAAUGAGUGUAGAAUCUGGGGAACUUUUUGAAGACACUAUGACCCCAAAGAUCUGUGUUGAAGGGGAUUUCUUUUCCCCAUUUCCGAGCCAACAACUUUGCCUGUUGCCCUGUACAGCCCCCAUGAUUGGGGUAGCCUUGUGCCCUCCUGGGCCUGUCUCCCUUAUCAGCUGCCAAUGACCUUGCUUUCUGGAUCUUUGCCCAGGUUGGCUGACGAAAGGCAGAGACAUCCUUUCACACACGCACAUGCCCAGUUUCUUGCUUUUGCUGGGGUUCAUCUCGAGUGAAACCAUCCUGAUUGAGACCAGGGUGCAAUGAGUUGGCUUUACGUUAAGUGGAAGAAGGGGCAGCCCCACCUCCAGAGCCACUGGCUAAGUGAUAGGUUGUAGCCCAGUGGCAGAACAACUGCUUUGCCUGCAGAUCCCAGGUUCCAUCCUCAACAUCUGCAUGUCAGGCUGGAAAAGGCUCCAGUCUGAUACUCUGCAAAGCUGCUGCCAGGCAGUAUGUAGACAAUACUCAAUGGAUUGCUGCUGGUGAUAAACCUGGCUGUCAGGAAUCAAACCCUUUUAACGGAUGCCACUGCUGUAUUUUGCCACUGAGAUCUGGCUAAAUGUUGUGUUCACCAGAAAGCAAAAGUGUGAAUGGGCUUUUCCUUUCUUUGGCAUCUUGCCCGUAUGGGUAGGAUGGCGCUGUAACUGACUAUAGGAACCUAGCUUUGCUGCAAAUAUUGAUGUGCCAGUUUGAAUUGGAGUUGGGGGAACCUGCAAAAUGCGCCCAUUCUAUUGCAAAGACGUUCUCAAAACUUGGGGGAAACAAUCACUAGUCCUGUGCAAUUUAAAAGGAGCAGAUCUCUGGGCUCACUUACGACUUCCCAUAGAAAUCUGCACAGGAUCACGGCCCUAAAUUAUGUUGCAUCUCAAAGUGAGUCAACCUCCAACUGGAUGGCAAAUUUUGUUGUUUAGUCAUUUAGUCGUGUCCGACUCUUCGUGACCCCAUGGACCAUAGCAUGCCAGGCACUCCUGUCUUGCACUGCCUCCCGCAGUUUGGUCAAACUCAUGUUCGUAGCUUCGAGAACACUGUCCAACCAUCUCGUCCUCUGUCGUCCCCUUCUCCUAGUGCCCUCCAUCUUUUCCAACAUCAGGGUCUUUUCCAGGGAGUCUUCUCUUCUCAUGAGGUGGCCAAAGUAUUUGAGCCUCAGCUUCACGAUCUGUCCUUCCAGUGAGCACUCAGGGCUGAUUUCCUUCAGAAUGGAUAGGUAAAUUUUAGUGUACCAUUAAAGACAAAUCCUGUGAAUGGUUACUCCUCAGUAAGCCCUAUUGAGAUACUUACACAAGUAAGUGUGCAUUAGAUUGCCACUUCAGAUUAGUAAUUUUACCCCCAGUAAAGGGGAAGGAGGGAUUCUGCAUUUUCUGCCUCCCAACACCGAAAUGUCUUAGGCUCAUUUAAAGACAUGGUCCCCCACCCCAAAUCCUGGAUGGAUUUCCCUUGUGGGUGAAAAUGUGUCAACCUUCUGAACUGAGAGCAUUGCAAUAGUAACAGGCCAGCUAUUUAAAACUUCAGAUAGACAGAAUAGUGAAAUUGCAGGUGUACAUUCUGGGAAUGUGGCCAUUUUUUUUUGUACGUGCUUGCCUUGUUGAAACAUCGUCCCAGAUCACACAUCACAGUAAACCACAGUCAGCAAUUUUGCAUGGACACACCUAUUCUUGCAUACAGAGGGAAAGGGUCGUGAUUCCUUGCCUAGUGUUAUGUCUAAACCAGGGACCAUGGUGUACCUCACUCAAACAAACCAUAAUUGGCUACAGAUCAUGGUUUGCUUGGGGAGCGAAAUAAAUCCUAUUCCUUGGUUUGAAUGCAUGCAAGCCAACAACCAUGGUUUGUUAUUCCCCAGCUCUUGCUGGGAGGUGCAAAAUGAACACAAUUGGCUUAUGCACAGUAAACCAUGGCUUACCCUGAUGUGUGAACAUUGUCUUGUGUGCAGCUGUGCAAAGAAAGGAGAAGGAGAGCAUCUCUUGCAGUCUUUUCCCACCCACCUUUGCUCAGGAGUUGGUCCCGCUGAAUUCUAUAGGACAUCCUCCUGAGUAAGCAUGUGUAGGAUUGUGGCCUUUGAGCUGAGAGGCAAAGGAGUGAGUGAACUACUGAGUGGGAGAAACUCCUCUUUGUAUAAUAAUUCACGCACUGAAGCCGGGGUGUUUCUGUAAGUAUUUAAAAAUGUAUUUAUGUUAAUGCAAAUAUUAUUGCUUUCAUGUUAUAGAUAUAUAUAUAUAUAUUGUAAAUAGUAAGGUUUAUUCUCCUGUGGUUUUUUAUAUAUAUAAAUAGUAUUGAGGCACGUGCUUUGAAUUGUAUAGGCAGGUGUAAUACACUUAUUAUUAUUAUUAUUCCCCUUUUGAGAUUGGGCCAUAGCUGCCAAGUACCCCGUUUUCCCCGGGAAACCCCCCGUUUUUACUUACCUUUUCCCGGUGGUCCCCUGUAUCACUUCAUCUCCCAUUUUUAUCCGUUAUUUUCUCCUGCCGGCGGCCAUUUUUUUCCUGAUUUGCCCUUCUAUGGGCACAAAAAAUGGCCACCGCUGGCAUCUACGCAUGACCAGAAGUGCGUAGACGUGACUUCCGGUGUUGGCGGCGGCCAUUUUUGGUGCCCAUAGAAGGGCAAAGCGACACCGGAAGUUAUGUCGACGCAACUUCCGGUGUCACACGGCUGCCGGUCCCGGAUUCUGCAGUCCGGGACUUGGAAGGUUAGGAUUGGGCUAGCUUUUAUGGGGCUUUCAUCAACCCAAGGGCAUAUUACAAGUUGUCCUCCCCAGUAAACUUCAUGCUAGUGUGCCAUGCUUUCCUUGCCUUAAAUCCUGGGAAACUAACAUGGUGUCUUACAUAUUUUGUAGGAUUCAGACUCUCCUCCACCCCUGACCAUGCCGACUGAGGGGGGUGAGGGUUACGAGUCUCUACACAGUAUGAAGACAAUAGGUUGGCUUCCCCUGCUAUCAAUGUUGGUGGAGAGACAAUUGACCAGGAUCCAACACACUGCCCUUUGGAGAAGCCUCCAGAGGCUGGCUUGUGUCCAGUGAGACUUUUGAUUUCGACUUAACCCCCGUGCUGGAUCUCAAAACUUCUCUCAACUCUCCUUGGUUUCUGAAAAAAAAAAACCUUUCGGUGUCAUGGAGAAUGGCGAGGGGGUUUCUUUUGUUUGUGGAAUAGCAAGUUGAAAGCCCGCUGGGUUCUGCAUUAACUAACAAGCCGUGUUGGUUCUUUAGAUGCUCCUUAUGAAACAGAACAAGGGGGAGAGAGAGCCCUCAACCCAGCCUUCGCCCACCUCCUGGUGGUGUUAGACUGCAGCUCACAUCAGCCACUGCUGGGCGUUGCAGUCCAACAACAUCUGGAGGGCACCAGGUGGGUGAAGAGAGGCCUUAAAUUCCAUUAAGGUUUAAUGAAAGUGUCCUCUAGUAGCUGAGGACCAGCAGAUCCCUUGUAUUCUACACCUUCCAUUUUGCUUCUCUUUGUUGCUUAAUCUCUUGCGGCUGUUUAAUACGUUAACAUUUUUAGCAAAUGCUCCUAAUAUACACGCAACGAUAUUUUGUAGUAAUAUAUAUGCAAUGUGGGUACACAUUGCAGAGGAUGUUUCACUCAGCAAGUGCCCUUGUGACCAUCUGUCUUCUGCCUAUUUACGGCAGUUUUGUGGAAAGCCAGGAGAAGUCAGUGUUAGGGUGUGUUUUUUUCUGCAAGACAAAAUGAAACAAACCCAGGAGGAUGUGUUUUGUUGAACCUACUGAAGUUGCAAAGAACCUGUGACGAUCUAUGCCAGGCAUUCCUAAACUUCGGCCCUCCAGAUGUUUUGGACUACAAUUCCCAUCACCCCUGACCACUGGUCCUGUUAGCUAGGGAUCAUGGGAAUUGUAGGCCAAAACAUCUGGAGGGCCGCAGUUUGGGAAUGCCUGAUCUAUGCAGUCACCAAUUGACUUAAAUGGGCAUGUUGAGACUGUUGCCCACCUAUUGAAUUGUACUGGGUCCUGAUCCUGGUGUUCAUGGAGAUGGGUUUUCCAUCAUCUGCCAAACUCCCACUGGGUCCAAGAAAUAUCUUCUCUUAAUGCGUUGUUUGUUCCAUGACCUAGCAGUGGGCUGUUCCUAUUUGUAGCCCAAAAGUAAGUCAUUGACCCAAAACUGAAAAUGAUCUUGUGUUGGUUUAACACAUUGGUUAUGCCUUAAGACACUUCCCUGGUCUCCUAGAACCCUUUUUGUGCUACAAUCUAAUGCAGGCACCCCCAAACUGCGGCCCUCGAGAUGUUUUUGCCUACAACUCCCAUGAUCUCUAGCUAACAGGACCAGUGGUCGGGGAAGAUGGGAAUUGUAGUCCGGAACAUCUGGAGGGCCGAAGUUUGGGGAUGCCCGAUCUAAGGCAACUGGUUCUAUUGUGACAAUCAUAAGGGUUGGCUCCUUUAUAAAACAUGGAGCGACAGUACACUUUGACUGCCAGUCUUUGUCCAGGCAAAGUGUAAAUCUGACUCCACAUGAAAAGAAGGCUGGGACACAGGCAAGUCAUAACAUAGCAAGUCAUAGCAUUGGUCCGUCUAGCUCAGCAUGGUCUAUUCUAACUAGUGGCCCCUUUCUAGGGUUUCAGGUGAGGCGGACAUUCUCAGCUCCACUUGGAGAUGCUGGGAAUUGAACCUGGGAUGUUCUGUGCAUGAAGCAGACUUGGUUGAGCACAGCACCAGUGGAUUGUGCCUGAAUUGGACUGCUGUGGUGGCCAUCUUGCCCCUCAUUGAUUUCCUAUUCCUCUCUCUCAAUCUUAAUGGAAGCUACCUUGAGUCCUAUCAGGGAAAAAGGCAGGCUAUAAAUAAAUGUAUAAUAAUUUAUAAUAAUAAGUAAGUUGGUUCUCCUUGCCCAAUCAACCUUGUCUUACCAACAUUCUCCCUCUAGUGGGGUGCAUCCAUUAUUUAUAUAAAUAACUAUUCAAUAAUAUAGUUACAAAACUACUUUCCCCAACCUGAUGCAACUGAGAUACCUUUUGUGGUAGGUUUCCCAGUGUUAAAUUCAAACCCACAAAACGUCACACCAGCUUCUGUCUUCUAUGACUGCCUGAGGCAGCCCUUGACUUGCAGACCUCUAGGUGGUAUUGAGUCUCCGAUUCCCAUCAGCCCUAGCUAGCUUUGCCCAUUGUUGGGCAUGAUGGGAGCUGUAGUCCAACACCUAGAGGUCACCAACUUGGAGAAGGCUAGGCCGAAGGUGGAGGACUCAGUGGUGUGCAUAGAAAGUUGUCAACGUCCUAUCAGAUGGUAAAGGCAGCCAUGUGGUUGUCCCAUCUUCCGCUGCCUUAAGCACAACUGAUCACAUUCUGGGUGUUGUCCUUGAGAGAUAAGUUGAUGUCAGACGCCGUAAUAAAAGGGUCAUGAACAGAGGCCCUGUUAGGGUCUGUCUUCCAAGCUUGGACAUGUGAGGAAAGGGGGAAGUACAACGCUUCCCUUUCAAAGCUAAAAGUUCAGCCAAAAUGGCAACCUCGUGCCAACUGGUUUUCUCUCCCUGCCAAAAAUCGUUAGGAUCUCUUUCCCUUGCAUGUCACAAUUUGGAGUGGAGAUUGUAGGGGUGGGGAGUCUUAAAAUGAUGUCGAAAAGGCUGUAGCUGUGUGGUAGAGUGUCUUGCUUUGCAUGGAUAAGUUCCCGGGUUCAAUUUCCGGCAUCUCAGGGUAGGUAGGGGAAAGAUCUCUGCCUCAAAUGCUGUAGAGCUGUUGCCAGUCCGUGUAGGCAGUACUGUACUAGAUGGAGCAAAGGUUUGAGUCUGCGUAAGAGAGCUUCCUGUUUACCUAAGCCAAUGCAACAGCGGAGGUGGAGAGCACUUUUCUUAAAUUUUAAGGUUCAUAGUUUCAGCCUCUAUUUAUUGGUUUGGAGAAAGACAUGGAGAGGUGAUCUCCCUGAAUAUUGUGUUGUUGUUUAGUCGUUUAGUCGUGUCCGACUCUUCGUGACCCCUGAAUAUUAAACAAACAAACAAACAAAACCAGCCUUUGGGUAUGAAUGAUUAAGUUUUAAAAUUGCCAUCUGAAUUGGAUCAGGCAUCCUCCGUUUCUGUUUUGGGCAUAUCAAUUUUUAGUCAACAAAGCCUUGUUCAGCUCAUUAAUGGUCUCUGAUUCCAUUUUUCAUCUAGAAAGCAUGAACAGGGACUUCUUAUGCAAACGGAGUUCCUUUUGGGAAGGGUUGUGAGGAGCAAAUUCUAACAUAUGAAGGAUUUGUAGUAUGUAUUGUUAUAUUUUCCAGGGGGUGGGCUUUGGGGUGGUUAAUGUCUUAUGAGAGCCUAAAUUAUUUUUCUCUACCUCAUAUGUACAGCUUUGUUUAGGUAUAAAUCUGAUUCUUGAGUGACUGUGGAGAAUGUAUUUAAAUUAUUUAACAUCUUUGUAUAACAAAUGAGAACAAAUGAAACAAUAAAUGUAUUU